AAACUUGGCAUUCGAUAUUUCUAGCUACUCUCACAGAUGUUUCUCGUCCUGUUUUUUUUUCACUCGUUCCUCCGACUAUGCACUUCCCUCUGUUUACCCCUUGAGAAAAACCCUCCCUCUCCCCUUCUUGUCUUUCCUCUUCCCCAACCACAUGCAACCAGGGACGAUUGCGCACGGGCGGGCCGACAACAACUUGAAGUAUUUUACCAACUUUUUUAAAUGUUUGGUCGUCAGGGCUUAGUCCGUAAUUUGAUCUCGCUGCACGUCAAAGUCGGUUAAGAUCGAGUUCUAUGCUACAUCCUAAUGGAAUAUGAUCGGCGUCUGGAAGGUCUCAAUUAGGCUGCAUGUGAAAAUCCACUAAGGUUGAAGGACGGAGCAUUUCGGGUUCGGUAUUCACGGCUUUGGGCUUGACAUGGCUAACUGAACGAGGACGCAGCCUACAGUACGAUAAUGAGUGAUUUGAAAUUCGUAGUUUCCAUUGGAGAUUUAAGUCUUUGAGAGUUUUACCAUUUGGGCAACUUUUAGGGACGCCAAUAAUCAAUGUGGUAUCAGCUGGAAGCACGAGAGGUCCGGAUCUCACCUAAACGUUGAUACGUCUUGGGAGUGAUGCACUGGCUUCCCCUGGUUGCCAUGGUGAUUGCCUCGGCCCUGCCCUUCCCUCACAUCCCCGUGGCCAGAAACGUCGCCGCGACGACGGACCCCGGCAGACACCUGGGUGGCCGGACGGCCGACACGGACGCCUCCCGCGCCGCUUCCCGCGGCGCUCCCUCGCAGGAGGACUACAACACGACUCCUGCAUACACCGGGGCCCUCCGCCUCAACGUGGGGCCCGACAAGGACCCCUCGGACCCCUCUGCGCUUCACCCGGACACCAGUUUCCAUUCGAACGGUGAAGCUGAAAGAGGACAGCUCAGGCCGUCUGUCAGCGCUAGCCGGAAGGACUACGUCUCCCAGGAUAAGGGAGUGUCGGAGGACUACAGAUCUGCUGGCAGGGUGGAGGGCGUGGAGCCAGGGCUGUGGGCGGGGAUGGAGGGUUUACAGGGGGACGAGCUGUUUUUAGACGCCCACCCUCGGGUCCUGUUCUCCCCCUCUGCUUCUCCUCCCGGGCACCCCCCUCUGCUCCUGCUGGAGUCAGGCAUGCCGGCUGGGGAGGAGGAGCAGGAGGAGGAGGUGUCGGACGCCGAUCAGCACAUCGAGGGUCACGGGGAUAGGGAGCCGGACAGGGGCUGGGCGGAGUCGCCCCCGGUGGUGGGCGAGGGGCGCCACCCGGCGGUCCGAAACAAGCGCUCCCACCUGACCCCCGCUAAGAUGGGCGAGAAGUCGGUGUGCGACAUGGAGAGCAAGUGGGUGAUGGAUAAGAAGAUGGCCAUCGACAUGCACGGCCGCAACGUCACCAUCGUCCCGGAGAUCCAGACCCUCACCGGGCCUCUCAAACAGUACUUCUACGAGACACGCUGUCGCCAGGAGCCCCCCGCGCCCGGCGUGGCCCCCCGGGGGCCGGGGGCCGCAGGGAGGAGCCCGGAGGCGCAGGGCGUGGCGGGGGGCACAUGCAGGGGCGUGGAUAAGAAGCAGUGGAGCAGCCAGUGCAAGGCCAGGCAGUCGUACGUGCGCGCCCUCACCAGAGACUCCAACAACAGGACAGGCUGGAGGUGGAUCCGCAUCGACUCCUCCUGUGUGUGCGUGCUGCUGUCCCAGGCCAACAGGAGGGGAAGGGUGGAGGGGUGGAGAGGCCCCACGUGAGGUGUGGUGGGGCGCUUAUGAAGAACAGAGGUGGGCUUGGGGAGGCUGGGGGAGGACCUUGUGAACUGGGAGUGCUGCUCUUUAACAAUCCACAACAUCCCCCCCCCAUACACCCUGCUCCCCCCAUCCCCCCCCCCCCCCCCAUACACCUCGCUCCCCCCCUCCCUCUCCCCCUCACGGCCGCCUGUGAAACGGACUACACGAAAACAAGCAAACCUCAACACUAGAAUUUACGGAAAAUAAAAAUACUGUGUUUUCAUAGCGUACAUGAUGUAAGUUAUUGUCGUUUAGUAUAAAAGCAUGAGUAUCUGCUUGAUAUUAAUAUAUUUCUUUAUAUGUGUACAAUAUGUAAACGGUAAGCAUUUCUCAGAUUUCUUUACAGUCCAAACGUACGUAUCUUUGGAUAUAUUUAUAGACUCACGGAUGAUUCGUGUUGAGGUGUUGUUUAUCACUAGUAAUGAUUCCAGCCUGUAGUCUUCUCUGAUAGGUUGAGGAAAGAGCGCCACCUAGUGUCUGGAGGUGUGCCAGUUCUAGGCACUGACCUGCAAAAUCUCGUUUGAGAAGGCAGGGGUCUCCAACUGUUCCUGGAGAGCUACCUGCUGGUUGGUUUGUGCUCCCUCCCACCACACUUAUCUGACCUGAUUCACCACUAGUUACCUGAUCUACCAGCUCAUUAUUAGAAUCAGGUGUGUUAGAUUAGCGUUGGAGUGUAAACCUACAGGCAGGUAUCUCUCCAGGAGCAGGGCUGGAGACCCUGAUCAACAGGCAGGUAUCUCUCCAGGAGCAGGGCUGGAGACCCUGAUCAACAGGCAGGUAUCUCUCCAGGAGCAGGGCUGGAGACCCUGAUCAACAGGCAGGUAUCUCUCCAGGAGCAGGGCUGGAGACCCUGAUCAACAGGCAGGUAUCUCUCCAGGAGCAGGGCUGGAGACCCUGAUCAACAGGCAGGUAUCUCUCCAGGAGCAGGGCUGGAGACCCUGAUCAACAGGCAGGUAUCUCUCCAGGAGCAGGGCUGGAGUCUCCUGUUCUCUUUGGGUCGCUCAUUUUAAACAGCUAAAAAACUAGUUAUUUGUUUGACGAAAAUAAAUAGUAAGAAAAAUCUAAGCAUUUAGUGAGUCCCUUUAAGACUAGGUUGUGUCCAUGAGUACGGCUCAGAUCCACACGGAGAACACAACCAUGUAUCAGCUCAGAGGAAUGAGGGGAAUGUUUCCUUGCUGGUCCUGGAGAGUGACUCACGACAGCCUUGCUGUUGGAGCUGUGGGACGGUCCCUUACCUUCCGGAAGAGACGGAAGGGGGAAACUAAUCACAGAUUAACAUGAACGGCUGUGUGACAACAUUCUCCAGGUUCCCCCUCAAAACAAACGGAUGCCUAAAGGUAACAUAGAACCCUUUACCAGACAGAAACAUGUUUAGGUUGAUACAUAGAACCUAUAGUGUCUAUAUGGACGGUUUAACCGCAUCCUUACUUUCAGUGUGUACUCCAGUGAUGGUUCUGAAUGUGUACAGAGUUGUGUAAUCUGAUGAGUGUGUUUCCAGAGGAUACCAAGAAUCCAAAAAGGGCUCCUAUUGGAUACAUUCUGACCACAAAGACCAUGUAAUACCACAUAUAUGUAUGCGAUUCAUUAUAUUUAUACAACCGACUUUUCUAAAAUAAUGUGUACUGUAUGUGUAAUGUACUGUAAAGGAUUUGUAUUUCAUAAACUAAAAGAUGAUUU